CCUGGGAGUGUUUUAACCGCAUUCCCGAGCACUUUCCGGGCUUAUCACACCAGUGCGCGCUGCCCCGCGCCGUGGAUCGUCCGAGAAAUGCAUCAGCUAUGCGCGACAGGAGAGAGAAGCCGUCACUGUAACGAACCCGGUAAGCCAUCAUGAUCCCCAUAACGGAGUUGCGGUACUUCGCCGACACGCAGCCGGCGUACCGCAUCCUGAAGCCAUGGUGGGAUGUUUUCACCGACUACAUCUCCAUCGUCAUGCUGAUGAUCGCGGUGUUCGGGGGCACGCUGCAGGUCACGCAGGACAAGAUGAUCUGCCUGCCCUGCAAGUGGGUGGUGGGUGAGGAGUGUGAGCAGCUGAACGGCAGCGCGGCCCUGCCGGCUGAGCCGCGUGGCAUCCAGUACGAGUUGGACCGCCACCAGUACAACUACGUGGAUGCCGUGUGCUACGAGGACAAGCUGCACUGGUUUGCCAAGUACUUCCCUUACCUGGUGCUGCUGCACACGCUGGUGUUCCUGGCUUGCAGCAACUUCUGGUUCAAGUUCCCGCGCACCAGCUCUAAGCUGGAGCACUUCGUCUCCAUCCUGCUCAAGUGCUUCGACUCACCGUGGACCACGCGCGCCCUCUCGGAGACGGUCGCCGAGGAGACGGACCCCAAGCCGGCAGCAGGCAAGGCAGAGGGCGCAGCGGGGAAGAAGGCAUCCAGCGCGAGCGAGCAGGACGUGGAGGCCAGCACGCCCAUGCUGCAGAGGACGCGCUCGCGCGUGGAGCAGGGCAUCGUGGACCGUGCGGAUACCGGCGUGCUGGACAAGAAGGAAGGAGAACAGGCCAAGGCGCUGUUUGAGAAGGUGAAGAAGUUCCGCGUGCACGUGGAGGAGGGCGACAUCGUGUACCGUCUGUAUGUCCGCCAGACCUUCAUCAAGGUGGUGAAGUUCGCGGUCAUCAUCUGCUACACGGCGUACUACGCGCAGUUCAUCUCCUUCAACGUGAAGUGCGUCGUGGACAUCCAGCGGCUGACGGGCUACCGCGUGUACUACUGCGCCCACCCGCUGGCCACGCUCUUCAGGAUCCUGGCGUGGUUCUACAUCUCCCUGGUGGUGGUGUACGGCCUCAUCUGCAUGUACACGCUGUGCUGGAUGCUGGGCCGGCGCCUGAAGCACUACUCGUUCGAGUCGAUCCGCGAGGAGAGCAGCUACAGCGACAUCCCGGAUGUGCGCAACGACUUCGCCUUCAUGCUGCACAUGAUCGACCAGUACGACCCGCUGUACUCCAAGCGCUUCGCUGUUUUCCUGUCAGAGGUGAGCGAAAACAAGCUGCGCCAACUCAACCUGAACAAUGAGUGGACGCCGGAGAAGCUGCGCCAGCGCGUGACGCGCAACGCGCAGGAUCGGCAGGAGCUGCACCUCUUCAUGCUGAGCGGGAUCCCGGACACGGUGUUCGACCUGCUGGAGCUGGAGGUGCUGAAGCUGGAGCUGAUUCCGGACGUGACCAUCCCCCCCAUUAUCGCACAGCUCACCAGCCUGCGCGAGCUCUGGCUCUACCACACGCCCGCCAAGAUCGAGGCGCCCGCGCUGGCCUUCCUGCGUGAGCACCUGAAAGCCCUGCAUGUCAAGUUCACCGACAUCAAGGAGAUCCCGCUGUGGAUCUACAGCCUGAAGAACCUGAGCGAGCUCCACCUGACGGGCAACCUGAGCGCCGACAACAACCGCUACAUCGUCAUCGACGGCCUGCGUGAGCUCAAGAGGCUGAAAGUGCUGCGUUUGAAGAGCAACCUCACCAAGUUGCCGCAGGUGGUGACGGAUGUGGGCGUGCACCUCCAGAAGCUCUCCAUCAACAACGAGGGCACCAAGCUAAUUGUGCUGAACAGCCUGAAGAAGAUGGUAAACCUGACGGAGCUAGAGCUGAUCCGCUGUGACCUGGAGCGCAUCCCCCACUCCAUCUUCAGCCUCCACAACCUGCAGGAGAUUGACCUGAAGGACAACAACCUGAAGACCAUUGAGGAGAUCAUCAGUUUCCAGCACCUGCAUCGGCUGGUGUGCCUGAAGCUGUGGUACAACCAGAUCGCCUACAUCCCCAUCCAGAUCGGAACGCUCACCAACCUGGAACGCCUCUACCUGAACCGCAACAAGAUCGACAAGAUUCCCAGCCAGCUCUUCUUCUGCCGCAAGCUACGCUUCCUGGACCUGAGUCACAACAACCUGACCGCUAUCCACCCGGACAUAGGACUGCUCCAGAACCUGCACUACCUCGCUGUUACUGCAAACAGGAUCGAGACGCUCCCCCCCGAGCUGUUCCAGUGCAGGAAGCUCCGCACCCUGAACCUGGGCAGUAACUGCCUGACGUCGGUGCCGUCGCGCUUUGGCGAGCUGACCGGCCUGACCCAGCUGGAGCUACGGGGGAACCGGCUGGAGGGCCUGCCGGUGGAGCUGGGCGAGUGCCACCUGCUCAAGCGCUCCGGCCUCAUCGUGGAGGAGGAGCUGUUCAAGACUCUCCCCCCCGAGGUGAAGGAGCAGCUCUGGAGGGCCGACAAGGAGCAAGCCUAGAGAGAGAGCGAGAACGUGGGACGCCAAGAUCAGGAGCGACUCUAAGAGCUUCAGUUUUUAAUGCGUUUUUGCGCUUUUUGGUUUGUUUAGGUUUUUGUUUUUUUGUUUUUUUUUUGUAUACUAAGGGAGAAACACAAAGUUCAGCCUCGACUGACAGACAAGAGACAAAAGAUGUAAAAGGAGCUACAAGUGAGAACUCUGCUUAAAGUGAGACAGACACACACACACACACACACACACACACAAAAUGCGGUGCCAUUGGCCAGCUCUGGACAGACCCUUGGCACAAAUUGAAACUAAGCUAAAAGCGAUCACCGUACUGAACCCGCAGUCUGCAGGAGAGACGGAAGGUCACAGGUCAGGGGCUGGCAGCCAGACAGACUAUAUUCUAUGCCCUCACGAGCUAGCUAGCUGUAAAAGAACCUUCAGGAAACCCGGACAGUUCUGUCAGUUUGAAGCGCCGUUGGACAUUCUGGUCGAGAUGUUUGUGGAUGCCGCAAACCGAUCGGUCGCCAAAGCAAAAGGGAAGUUUGAGGCAGUUUGCUGAUGUCAUAGUGAAGACUGAUGUGGCAACACUAAUAUGGCCUUAUUUCUUAGGAACUGACCAUCUGAGGUCGUCAUGGAGAUUAAAUGAACAUUUUGGUUUAUGUUUUUUUUUACUUUUUUGCAAAAUAAAAGAAGCUGCAAACUCAGAAGUUUGUAUAAGACGAUCACAUGCAUUAGCUUUGUCUUGUAUGAACAGUAACUGGUUUUGUUUGUUUUGUUUUUUAACUUUAUUUCAUCCCAAGGAUUAUAAUAAAGUUUCCCGGAGGAG